UAUACGUCACUGAAUGUAGUCAAAAUGCGUGUCUGUGCACGUGUAGCGGUGUUGAUCUGCGAGGGCUUGCCAGUGUAAUGCAGACAGCUUUACAUUUGCAGUAGAAAGUAGACUUGAAAUGGCGCGAGGAAGGGCUCAGACAGACUCAACUGCUUCGAAGCAGACGAAGAACGUCAAGAAAAGACCGAAUGAAGAACCUCCUCAAACACUCUCCAAAAAGCUAAAAGCCAAACAAAAAGGCAAGACGGCACCAAAAGCUGACACCUACAUACAAGCAAGUGUGAAAUGGACUGGAGGUCAAAAGAAAGUGGGCCAAACAAGUAUCCUUCACUACAUUUACAAAAGCACCUUGGGACAGAGCAUCCAUUCUCAACUGCGCCAGUGUCUGCAAGAGCCUUUCAUACGCUCUCUUGGAGCCUACCAACUCCACCGCACAGCCAGCCCAUUUGACCGGAGAGUCACUUGUCUGGAAUGGCAUCCCACCCAUCCCACCACUGUUGCAGUCGGCUCCAAAGGUGGAGACAUCAUCCUCUGGGAUUACGAUGUGCUGAAUAAGAGAACUUUCAUACAGGGGGUGAGAUGAAGCUGGAUUGUGAAGUGAAGAAUGUACUGUUCAAAGUGAAGACAAAAAGUACUUUCUAGAGUUAUUUGCACAUGCAACUUGGUUUGAUAUUUAUCUAAUCUAAUUACAUUCACAUUAAGUGUCACUUAAAGGGAUAGUUGGACCAAAAAUGAAAAUUCUGUU